UCUUGGUCGGCGUCCGGUGGUGGCAGUUGCCAGCUGUGGAUUCUGCUGCACCAUGUCGGCCUUCGAGAAACCUCAGAUUAUCUCCCAUAUCCAGAAGAGCCUUAACUACACGGUGUUUGACUGUAAAUGGGUGCCAUGCAGUGCCAAGUUUGUGGCCAUGGGCAACUUCGCUCGGGGCACCGGCGUCAUUCAACUGUAUGAGAUCCAGCACGGGGAACUGAAGCUGCUUAAGGAGAUUGAAAAGGCCAAGCCUAUUAAAUGCGGGACCUUUGGUGCAGCAUCUUUACAGCAGAGAUAUUUAGCUACUGGAGACUUUGGUGGGAACCUUCAUAUAUGGAAUCUGGAAGCUCCGGAGACCCCAGUGUAUUCUGUAAAGGGCCACAAGGAAAUCAUCAAUACCAUCGAUGGUGUAGGCGGACUCGGAAUUGGGGAAGGAGCCCCGGAAAUUGUGACUGGCAGCCGAGAUGGAACCGUCAAGGUGUGGGACCCACGGCAAAAGGACGAUCCUGUUGCCAACAUGGAACCCGCGCCAGGAGAGAACAAGCGAGACUGUUGGACUGUGGCCUUCGGCAAUUCUUAUAAUCAAGAGGAACGAGUUGUUUGUGCGGGCUAUGACAAUGGGGACAUUAAACUGUUUGACCUGCGAAAUAUGUCAUUGCGAUGGGAGACGAACAUAAAAAAUGGGGUCUGCAGCGUUGAGUUUGACAGAAAAGACAUCAGUAUGAAUAAGUUCGUAGCUACCUCUCUGGAAGGGAAGUUCCAUGUUUUUGACAUGAGAACACAGCAUCCAACCAAAGGUUUUGCUUCCGUUUCAGAAAAGGCUCAUAAAUCCACGGUGUGGCAGGUGCGGCACCUGCCGCAGAACCGAGAGCUCUUCCUGACUGCUGGGGGCGCCGGCGGCCUGCACCUCUGGAAGUAUGAGUACCCGGCCCAGCGCUCCAAGAAGGACUCAGAGGGCGUGCAGAUGGGCGUGGCGGGCUCCGUGAGCCUCCUGCAGAACGUGACCCUGUCCACACAGCCCAUCGCCAGCUUGGACUGGAGUCCCGACAAGAGAGGCCUCUGCGUGUGUAGCUCGUUUGACCAGACCGUGAGAGUGCUGAUUGUCACAAAACUCCAGAGGAUGUGAUCACAGCUGUGGGCCCGCGGCCUUCCAGAGGAGCGCUCAGGGCUGUAAGUUCAGUUCUGGCCACCUCCGACUCUGAGCAAAACAGGGCUUUGCCGGAUGUGAAAGGCUCUAACAAGCGUCAAGCAGGCCAGCUCCUGCCCCCAGUGGUGUGCACAGCCAAGGGCGGGCCAAGGGCACGCAGGCUUCUGGCUUGCUGCCACAGCGUGGGGACCACCGCUCCCCGGCCCCAGCGCCUAACCCCUCACCUCCAGUGCAAAGGCAACUGCCGUCUGCAUGCGCGCAUUUAGUGGGUUUGCUCGGCAUCUCCAAGAUUCCGUAUUGUAUCCCGCCACUUGUGUCUGGCCUCAGCACCAACUGUGUCGUGAUAAGGAUCUUUUGGUUUUGUUUAAAAUAACUUACCUUGAUAAAACAACUGUGAGUUUGCCUUAUGGACACAUUUGGAGCGAUUUUAGUGUUAGAAAGCUGAUGUGCAGAGAAGUAUAAAAUUUCAAAGUGCACUGUCAGGCACUUAUUGGAUAACUAACUGUUUUCAGCAGAAUAACUCUAAAAGGAAAUACUACAAUUGGCAAACACUGUUUUCUUUUUGUUCCCCUUAAAGUUCAAGGAAUUGUGUUAGUGAGACUGAGUCGUCAGCUGUCGUGUUGAGAUAAGUGUAUUAAGAUUGUGGGAGUUUUCUAACCUUAUUUUGUCACACCUUUUUUAUGAAUAAACUUGGAAGCCUCUGAA